UGAAAACGGUGACCUGUUCUGUCAUUUGCGUGAGUUGUUUGGUGUGUAGCUGUUUUUCCCUCAGAAUCACGGCACAAUGGUUUCAAAAUUAGAAAUUAAUAUCCGAUCCCUUCUCUCGAACUGUGAGGAGUCGGUGAACGACACGACUAAUCACUGGCGUCUGAAGAAGCAUGUGAAAUCCUUAGAAACAAUGAUUGCGGAGUUGGAGGAGCUUUCAGAAGAUUCUGCUUAUAAAGUUUUGUCAGACUAUAAGUCCAGGCUAGCGUCAAUAAAAGCAUCCAUCAAUUAUGUAGAAAGUCCGCCUGCACCUAAGAAGUUACGAGAAAAUCGGAUCCAGAAUGAAACGGUUGAGUCGAAUCUUAGGAAGGAGUUGUUGGAGGGCAGUAGUUUGCGAAAAAGACCUGUUGCUGAAGAGAAUAUGGGACAAGCUAUGAAGUACUACAGCGACUACCAAGAAAGAAUCACCGAAGACAUGCUAGCACUAACUAGAAACUUACGAGAACAAACAGAAACUGCCAACAAAAUAAUCAAACGUGACACUGAAAUUGUAUCCAAAUCAACAAUGAUUUCCGAUUCAAAUCUUGGCUCUCUAUCAAAAGAGGCAGAAAAACUACAGGAUCAUUCGAGAAGAGCUUGGAAGUGUUGGAUGUGGCUCAUGCUAGGCUUGGUAAUGGCAAUCUUUUUAUUUAUGGUGCUUUUUAUGAAAAUCAUGAAAAAGAAAUCGACUUGAGCAUAACAACUUUGAUAAUGACAAUGUGAUUUGCGUAAUUGAAGAUAAGACUAAGUUAUUGUACGUUUAUAUGACUGCUAUUUAUGAAGGCUUGGGAUCAACGUUUGUAAAAUUCCUUUUGGUAGGUCAUUGUAAUAAAAUUUUACGGAUAUUAUUUGA